AAAGUCGCCAACCCACCUGUUCCGGGACAGAAGUUUCCCUGGCAGGUCUGAGAAAAAUCAUUAUCUACUCAUUUCACUAAUCCCUGUCAGCUGUGGCGUAGUUAAACUAAAAGCGGCUCUUGUGCGACAAUGGAAGAGUGCUGCCUGCCUGCUCAGGAAGUGGAGAGACUCAGGAUACACAGAGAAAUAGAGAGACAACUCCGUCGUGAUAAAAGAGAAUCUCACCGGGAACUGAAGCUGCUGCUUUUAGGGACUGGUGAAAGCGGGAAGAGCACUUUCAUCAAACAGAUGAGGAUCAUCCAUGGCAGCGGGUACAGUGAAGCUGACAGGAAAGGUUUCACUCGGCUGGUGUUUCAGAACAUCGUCACAGCCAUCCAGGCGCUGAUCCACGCCAUGAAAACUCUGCAGAUUGACUACAUUGAUGAGCAGAACAUUAGCCACGCACAGAGGCUGAGCCAAGUGGAGGCAGACCAGGUGUCCACUUUGGAGGCUUGGCAGGCGGAUGCCAUUAAGCGAGUGUGGAAUGACCACGGUGUUCAAAGGUGCUACGACCGCAGGAGGGAAUUCCAGUUAUCUGACUCUGCCAAAUAUUACCUGAGCGACUUGGACAGAAUCACAGCUCUGACAUACGUCCCCAACCUGCAGGACAUCUUGAGGGUCAGGGUCCCCACCACAGGCAUCAUAGAGUACCCCUUUGACCUUUCACAAGUGAUCUUCAGGAUGGUGGAUGUGGGUGGUCAGCGUUCAGAGAGGAGGAAAUGGAUCCACUGCUUUGAGAAUGUCACCUCCAUCAUCUUUCUGUCGGCCCUCAGCGAGUACGAUCAAGUCCUUUACGAGAAUGAGAAUGAUAAUCGACUGAGCGAGAGCCUCGCCUUGUUCAAGACCAUCCUUUCGUACCACUGGUUCCACGAGUCCUCCACCAUCCUCUUCCUGAACAAAACAGACUUGCUAGAGGAGAAAAUCACACAGUCUCAUUUGGCAACCUACUUCCCGGCCUAUACUGGACCCCAGGGUGAUGCUGAAUCUGCGAAAAGGUUCAUCCUGCAAAUGUACACGGAGCAGCAUGGCAAGCGCCACAAACCCCUUUACACACACUUCACCUGUGCCACGGACACAGAGAACAUCCGGGUCGUCUUCAAAGACGUCAGAGAUACACUCUUCAUCGAUAACCUGCAUAACUUCAACCUGGAAUGAGGAGGUCCUAGGACAAAGUGAUGGUUUCACGCUUCGGAACAAGAAAUCUGGUUAUGCAGUCACAUGUUGUAACACUUUUAUGGACAUUUUAUCUGUUCUUUGCUACGGCAGCAACAGGUAAUUCACAUUUAUCUCAGCACUGUAAAACACAGAGAGUCUGUGCCAUCUCUUGUGACACAGUUCAACAUAAAACAGCUUAUUUUCGGUUGCUACAGGCGAGAAAUGGCUGGACAACUGCAAUAUCAAUUAAUGAUUGUUCUCAGCUGUUACAGACUGGUUCCUAUUAUACCAUCACUGUUUGACAAACAGUUGGCAAAUAGUUUGAAACCAGACCUGGAAAGGCUUAUCUACAAGGAAUGCAACCCACCCUGCCUUGCAGCUCUGCAGGAAAAUAAAAGAAUAUCCUGCAGGGAAACACAGUGCCUUAGUUCAUAUUCCUCCUAUUGCUUGUAUGUGUGCUACAACAAGCAUGUCGCCUAUGAAAUUAUUAUUUUCACUAACUUUCACUGGCAGUAUGAUAUAAACAUUAAAGCCACAUGUAAUGUGUGUUUCUUGUCGCUUUGCACAAAACUUUACAAUUGGACAUUUAAAACAUGACAGUUGAGGAAACAAGAAAAACGACGUUUCCAUUCAGAAAUGUAUGAUCCAUCCCAUGAUAUGUGACUGCAGCUGCAUGGUACUGAUUAACCAAAGGCUGUUUUGGGGCGUCUCUGCUCUGCGCUGCAGCUCCUCGCUGCUGGCGACAACCUUUGUACUCAACGAUGGUCGACUGUGUGCAAAGGUCUGACAGGCUGGUCUCUGUCUUCCUGCCUAACUGUUGGGACUGAACAGUGGUAAGUGAAAAGAGGAAUUAGGUUAGACCUGUGGUGAGAACAAUGCAUGUUUCCACACGGAAGGAGAGGCUGUCUAGGUACUAUUGAUUUUAUCUGCUUUGCGGCGAGUUUGCUUGUUUAAGGGUUGAAAAGUUCAGUGCUAAUGUAGGAUAUAAAGGACACAUUUGAAGUUGCCUUAUAGACAAUGGAACUGAAAGCAUCAGAUAUUUGCUUUGGAUCAGUCACUGUUUUCUUACCAGCUUGUGGGAAAGCGUGUGAAUAUUAUCAGCACAUGAAGCUGGCAGUGUUCUCGUUUCUGAUUGUUAUUGCUCUUUUCUUUACCCCGAGGGCUAAUAAAAUGUAGC